GAAAAUUUUUGGAAAAAGGCUACUGCUAAAUUAGACUCAUCUCAUUCGUUGCUACUCCUUUUCACCAGCCUCAAAAUUUUCAUGCUCAGGAAAAAAAGGGGAAAAAAACAAAAGAAAAAUGUCCCAAACCUAUACAAGCUGAGAAUGGGGCAGCUCGCGGCGGCGCCACCGUGCCGCACCACCUUCUUACCCGUCGUCGCUAUGUCGAAACUCCAGAGAUACCCGCUUGAUUCGACCCGUAAAUGGCAUUGCCGGAGAUUGAGGCUGCCAUUGACUGCAAAAGCUCAGAUGGUGAAUCAAUCCACAUACUCGUCCAGAAUUUCCACAGAUAUUCCUCUCUACGAAACUCCCGAGGCCUCGUUUGAUCAGUAUUUGGAGAAUAAGCCCAGGGUUUUCAAAGCAAUAUUUCCCGAUAAACGCCGGAGCCAGCAGCUUAAUGAGUUGCUAGCCUGCUACACGCUUGAGAAUAAAGGAGAAGAUGUAAUCGACAUGAGGUUAAGGUGUAGAACUCAGGGGAUGGGAUACCCACAGGGAGUCCCUCGCGAUAUUACAAAGGUCUUAGAACUUGAUAUUGUCAGAUGGGAGCUUCAGGGCUUAGAUGAUAUGCUCAAACCAUCUCAAUUUUCCCUUGGUGUAAAAGGGGCUCUUUAUCCAGAUAGGCGUGGUCCACGAACAAGACUCAAGGGUCAACUACAGAUGAGCAUAACCUUUGUUCUCCCUCCUGUACUUGCUUUGAUUCCUGAAGAUGUUCGGCGUAAUGUGGCAGAAUCGGUUCUUAAGAGACUGGUGGAGAACAUGAAAGCCAAAAAAAACAGAGCAAGUUGGAAGCUCAGAGCAAAAAGAGGGAGAAAAUCGGGCCGAAUAAUGGAGCCCCUCUACCCCAUCCGCCGCCUCACCCCCACCGACAUCCACCUCAUCGAGGCCCGAAUCGCCGCCAACGACCGCGAGAUCCAAACUCUCCUCCGCGACAACCAGCGCCUCGCCGCCGCCCACGUCGCCCUCAAGCAGGACGCCGCCGCCGCACAGGACGACCUCCGCCGCGCAUCCGCCGCCGCCGCCUCCGUCAAGGCUGACCGCGACGCCCGUGUCCGCGAGGUCUACGACCGCUCCCUCAAGCUCGAGGCCGAAGCCCGGCCCCUCGACGGGCUCGCCGCUGAUCUGGGCCGCGUCCGGGCCGCAAUCGAGGAGCUUCGGGCCGAACUCAAGGGCCGAUUUGAAAAUCUGAGGGCAAUCGAGGGAGAGAUCGCGGCGGCCCAGUCCGAGCUGCGGCGGGUGCCGGAGCUCCGGUCCGAGAUCGAGUCGGCUCAGACGGAGAUCCACCGAGGAAGAGAGGCUAUUCAGCGCGAGAGUGAGAUGCAGACGACCAACUUCCAGAUCGAUCGAGCUAUGGAGAAGCAUAUGGUGGCGAUGGCCCGCGAGGCUGAGAAGCUUCGAUCUGAGCUUGCGGAUGCGGAGAAGAGGGCCAUGGCCAUGGCUGCAGUUUCGGGUCUUAAUCCGGGACCUGGAUUUGAUUUGAUCAGAUAUUGA